CCUCCUCCGCCUGCUCUUUCCAGGUCAACCAAUCACCUGUUGGGCGCGCGCCGCUCUGUCAGAUUUCCCUCAGAGUGGAUUUAAUUGAGUCAAGUGAAGAUAAAGAAACCGGCAGGAAAUAUCAACACCUCGCGGUAGAAAUAAAACGGAAAACGGUCGGGCGAGCUCGAGGUGAACUUAACGCGGCUGUGACGUCGGGGACUUCAAAGGGAAAGCGCUCUAAAAAGUUCGCUUUGCCGCGUCGCUUCUCUUUCGUGUCGCCCGGGGGGGGGGGGGGGCGUUACAAUGUUUUGAACUGGAGGACCCAGAGACCCGCCACGUUCCCCAGAUAUGCCCCAACAUAACAUGGAGAGCACCAGGAGCCCGUGGCAGCAGGGCCUUCGGCCGCCGUGGAUGACCCGAGUGGCCGGAGGUCAGAGCCCCGCCUCCUCGGGGGCGGAGUCGGACACGGAGAGCAGCAGCACGGAGAGUGAGAGGUCCUGCAUUAAAAAGCUGGAGGGGGGCUCACUGCGGUACCUGCCAUCGCCCUCAAUACUCCAACGCCGAAUCACUGAGAUUGACCAACAGAAGGAGGAACUAAAGAUUGAACUGCAGCUGGAGAUCGCGCUGCUGCAGGGAGAGCUGCAGACGGAGCAGAGCCAGCUGCGCAGACACACGCAGAAGCUGCACGCUCUACAGCAGGAGGCCAGACAGAAGGAGAGCCACAGACCCACGGACAGACACAAGGAGCGUGAGAGACUGGAGGAGGAAAGACGGAGGCUCGAGGGGCUGAAGGGGAGGUAUGACGAGAAGGAGAAACUGAUCUCCAGUCAGCCAGAAGGCCAGAGAGAGCAGCUAACGCUGCAGCUGCAGCAGGAAAGGGAGGCGAUGGAAGCGGCAAUGCGAGCCUUUGAAGACUGGGAGUUUCGAGUUCUGGAACAAGAGAGCGCCCUCGAUGAGGAGGACGCGAGCGCGGCGGACAAAAACAAGGAGGGGGGGGAGAGCGGCGCGGACGUGGCGAAGGAAAUGUUACGUCAGCAGCACGCGAUCAACACCGCGCAGGAGCGAGUGCUGCAGUUCCAGAGUCAGCUGAAGGAGAUGGAGAGGGAGAAGGAGAGGGACCUGAACGCCUUGAGGAAGGAGAGGAGAGAUCUCGUCCACACCAACCAAACAGUUCUCAAAGAGAAGAAGCCGCUCGCUGAUUGGUCCAACAUCACCGGCUCGGCCCCCUGCAUGAUGUCACUUUCCCCUUUGACUGUUCACAAGCCUCCUCAGGAACCGUGCAGAGCAUCGGGCAGUUUGCCAAGAAGACGGAGCUCGCAUCGCAGCAGCAAAGCCAGCGACAGGCCGGUGUCAGCGCAUGGGUCGGCGAGGACGCUCCCAGACACCCAGAGCCCAGAGGCCUUCUCCUCCCCCCCCAUCGCCACCCACAGGCUCAGCAACGGCCACGGCGUCGCCCACAGACACGUGAACGGCUUCCUGACUCCGUGCAACAGCACGACGAGCUCCCGCGCCGCCAGCCCGUCUCUGUUGGAUCUCGUGGAGAUCGAGAAGAAGCUGAGGGAAGCCAAGGCAGAGAGAGAGCGGCUGCUCAGAGAGAGGGAAGAGCAGCGCUGGUUGCUGUUGGAGGAGAGAAAGCAGAAAGAGCAAAACUCAACCAUCAUCAAACCAGAGGAGCAGGUGACCCAUCAACGGCUUGAGCUGGAUCCAGAGCCAAAGGAGCAACCGAAGGCCAGUUCUCCACCGAACUCCCCAGCGAAAGCCCUGCAGCCGCACGGCCUGCCGCUCUUCCUCUCCCCCAACUUUGACCUCCGCGCCCACGUGGUGUCUCUGGGUCACGGGGUGUCCGGCUGCGUGGACCUGCGGCUGACGCCCCGGCGCUGCGCCGGCUUUCUGACCAAGCGAGGGGGUCGGGUCAAGACCUGGAAAAAGAGAUGGUUCCUGUUUGACAUGGACCACAAACGACUGGCCUACUACACAGAUUGCGACGAGAGGAAGCUGAAGGGAGUCAUCUACUUCCAGGCCAUAGAAGAGGUUUACCUCGACCACCUACGAACGGCCACUUCUUCCCCGCGGCCCAGUCUGACGUUCUGCGUGAAGACAUACGACCGUCUUUUCUUUCUGGUGGCCACCAAUCCAGUGGCCAUGCGGAUCUGGAUGGACGUCGUUGUCACGGCAACAGACGAGCACAGCCGCUACUGACCUCUUGCAAGAGUCACUUAAAUGGAACAAAAACGAAGCCACUGAGCGGAAAGUACCAGUGAGCCCUUUAACCGGGUUCCAGGGGCCGGGUUGAGCCGAGGUUUGGAGGGGAUUCUGCAACCCGGACUGAUGAAUCCUGGGAAAUGUGUGAGGCGCCGUGGUUCGAGAUGCCGGACAGAGGGGGAACGGGGGCUUGAUGCCUGAGUGGCCGAGUAGCUGCACACUGGGAGUCUGUUACUGGGAGGUUUCGCCCUUUGAGCCCCAUAGCUCUCGCUGCUGGUCACAGGGCUGGUGUAGCAUGACACGCUGCAACAGGGGGGUGGACACAAUAAUCGCAACUUUGUGAUAUAAUGCAAUUGGAAAUAGAACCACCCUGCAAUUCAAAUGCAAUACUCGACUACCACAGAGGUCUGGCAUUGUUCUGUGACUGUUUGUGCUUCUUUUGGUACUUUGUGUUGGAUUGUUUUUAUAUUGUCGGGUGUUUCCACUGAUAUGUGUAUCUGUGUUUUCAUAAAUUACAUUUUUACUAUUAAGUUAUUAUAUAGAAGUUUAUAUGGGUUUGAUAUGCAAAUAAAUGAAGACAUACACCAUUAUGAAUGCACUACUAAAUCUUUAUUCAUAAAAAGGUUUGCUUUCAAUGUAAAUAUUUAGAUGUUAUAGAGAUCAAAUAGGAAAAGAUUUUUCUUUCAUGCAUUCUUGCUGGAUUCAUAUUUCUCACCAUUGCAAUCUCUGCGUUUUCAUACUUUCUAUUCUUCCCAUUUUCUUCCUGUAGUGCUUCUUGAUAACAUUUCAACAUUUACUAGUUAUUGGUUCAGUGUCAAGUGCCCUGUUUUUAUCCAAUGGUGUUUUAACCAAAUAUGUUAUUGCACAUUCUUCUGAGAAAUUAGGGAUGGAGGAACAUUUAUGGUUUUUAGUUUAAAAAUAAUGUUUCUUAUUCAAAAAUAUGAAUGCUCGAUCCAACACACUUCUUUUGUUCUUAUUUGAGGUUUCGUAAAACUACCAACUGUUUCCUCGAUGUCUGCAGGCUGCAGUAAGUCUGUGGAAAGUUUUAAUUUUUUUGUUCAAGCACUUUCUACCUAACUGAAAAGUUUGCACUUUGCUUGAUUUCAAACACAUUCAUUUAAUUAUAAAAAUCCACAAGGUUCAUGUGGCAUUUUUCAUAAUAUUUAUCUCCCUGUGUGUUGACUUACGUCACAGCUCAUGUUUCAUGGCUCAGUCACAUAAACAUCUUGGAACUCUGGGCAGUGUUUUAUGCACUAAAACAUUUUCUUACAUUUCUCCGGGGGACGCCACGUCCUGGUGAAAACAGACAAAUCCACCGUGGUGGCGUGCGUAAAGCGCCAAGGCGCCACUCGCUCACUGCGGUUACACAGGUAAGAGAACAGGGUUUGACUCUAAUCAAGAGUAGCUCUUGACGGAGGCCAGGCCUGCCUGAACGGGUCAUUGACACCAUUCAGAGUGCAAGAGCUGCCUCCACUCGCUUUCUUUACAGUGGUAAAUUGCGGGUUUUUAAGGAAUGGUUCCUUUCCAGUGUUCAGUAGUUCACCUACUGUGUUUCCUACAAGAUCUAGUAGACGGGGGCAAAGCUUUUUCCACUAUUAAAGUGUAUUUGGCGGCUAUCUCAGCCUGUCAUUUAGGCUUUGGAGCGAAGCCGGUGGGGCUUUU